CUUUUUUCUUUCUUGGAAUUAGCCUACAUUUGCAAACCAUACAAUUGGAUCCGUCAAACAAAUCGACCCUCCCUUUAUGUCACAUCUUCGGAAUAUCGAACCAGCCGAAUACUACGACCAAGAAAAUGGCGGUGUUAUACCAGUCUUUCGCCCAACUAUGGCCGAAUUUGAAGACUUUCUUUCUUUCGUUCAGGCAAUAGAUUCAUAUGGACGGGAAGCAGGAAUCGUCAAAAUCAUACCGCCGAAAGAAUGGACAAAGUCACUUCCAGACGUACAAAAUAUGCUAGAAACAGUGCGAGUUCGAAAUCCAAUUGUUCAGCACAUCAUCGGUAGUCAAGGUAUCUACACCCAAACAAACGUUGAAAAAAGACGACCAUAUACCGUACAACAAUGGCACCAGCUUUGCGAAUCAGAAGCACAUCGUCCUCCAACAGCCAAAGUGACUCAGCCUCAGUCCCUACCUGCCAUCAAAAAGCGUAAAGUUACUCAUCAUGAAUCUCCACUGGCUAUGGAGACUGACCCACGAAAACCAUCACAAGCCCCACCUUCAGCCAGCACCCGAUCAAAAUCAAAGCAUGGGAAUAUUCCAAAGGGUUCCGCAGCCUUGGAUGGCCAUGCCCAGAAAUAUUCCAGUACCACCAUGUCAUUACAUCAAGAAACUCAUCUCAGAUCUCCACCACCUUCUCCGCCAAGAAAGCUGAACACCUUAGCCGCAGAAGGACAGCCAAUAAAAACGAAACGAAUGAUCAAAGCUGAGGAGUUGGAAUUAGCUCAGUCCGAUAACCACGACCCACUUACCUUUGAUUAUCACUGUGAGGAUGACGAAAAAUACACCGUAGAGUAUUGUAAGGAAAUGGAGCGCACAUAUUGGCGAAACCUUACCUUUUCACAACCCAUGUAUGGUGCUGAUAUGCAAGGAACCUUGUUUGAGGAUUCUACCAAGACUUGGAAUGUGAAUAAGCUGGAUAAUAUAUUGAAUAGGAUUGGGGUGGAGCUUCCAGGUGUCAACACAGCUUACCUAUAUUUCGGGCAAUGGAAAGCGACGUUUGCGUGGCAUGUAGAGGACAUGGAUCUGUACUCAAUCAACUAUCUACAUUUCGGAGCGCCAAAGCAGUGGUACGCCAUUCCUGCAACUUAUAGAAAGCGGUUUGAGACAGUGAUGCAAAAUAUCUUCUCUCCGGCUUAUAAAUCCUGCAGUGAGUUUUUGCGACAUAAGACUUUCAUAGCGUCACCAACUAUACUGGCCAACAACUCCAUCCCCGUCAGCCGGCUCGUCCAGCAUGAGGGAGAAUUUGUCAUCACGUUUCCAUAUGGAUAUCAUUCCGGUUACAACCUUGGAUUCAACUGCGCCGAAAGUACCAACUUUGCAUUGGAUUCUUGGGUGGAAAUUGGUCGACAGGCGAAAGCAUGCACCUGUAUAGGUGACAGUGUAAAAAUUGAUGUGUCCGUAUUUGAACCGCAUGUCCUAGAGGAAGAGAAGCCGUCGAGCAGCGAAGGAGAGGAAGUGGUACGAAAACGAAAGAGAAAGCAGAAGGACCCUCCUCAACCCGCGGUUGGUGUUGAUAAGUGUGUUCUAUGCCCUUUGCUCGGAGCUGACCUACCAACGGACGAUGGACGCCGGGCGCAUCGAUUAUGUGCUGAGUUUGUGCCUGAUACGCGUGUGGUGGCCGGACCAAAAGGCGAUAUCGUUGUUGGAGUUGAUAGUAUACCUAAUGCGCGAUGGAAGUUGAAAUGCUUACUUUGCGGAAAAGUGGACGGCGCAUGCAUUCAGUGCAGGAAAGGGCGUUGCUGUAGAGCAUUUCACACAAGUUGUGCCAAAGAUGCAGAACUUACACUUCAUGUGGAAGAAUUGGAGGAUGGUACGAUUCUGAAAGAAGGCUACUGCCCAACGCACGAUCCAGUGAGUACAUUAAGCAAUGGCAAAGGAAAGAGUGCACGGGAAUACGUUAACUUAAAAUUCGUACCUUGUGCCUUGUAGAAGCGGGAAUUGGAAAAAUUGGCUCAACGCACAAAGCAUGCUCAAGAAAUGGCUGCAAAGUUCAAACCUAACACACCAAUAUGGGCCAGAUGGAAAGGGGGUCCUUA